AUGGCUGGCAAGAGGUCGAAGGCACCUGCUCCCGUUGAGGUUGAGGAGGAUGUCUACGACAUCGAACAGAUAGUGGACUACACUGAGGACCCCAAGCCGCUGUGGCGGAUCCGGUGGAAGGGGUAUUCAGCGAGUGAUGACACCUGGGAGCCUGCAGAGAACAUUAUAACUGACGACAAGAACAUCCACACGGAGAUGCAGAAGCACCAAGCGCAGUAUCGGAAAAAGAAGUCCAAGGGCAAGUCUAGCGCAGCUCCUCCGUCGAGGAAAAGUGCCGCUAAAGAGACAGCCAAGCCUUCGCCCCGACACGUCACGAAGUCGCCGGCUAAAGCUACCAGACAAGUUACUAGGGACUCACCACCCGUCAAGAGUCGGGCCGUCGCACCGCCGGCUGCGGCGGAGAGGAGUUCGCAGAAGAACACUCCUGGGGACUACGAAGCUAUCGUCAUGUUCGAUGACGGCAACCGGAUUCGGAUGCCAGCCAAGGAAGCGCGACAGAAAUACCCAGAUGAACUCUUCGACUACCUACUGCACAGAGUCCGGUUCAUGAACGUCGAUUACGUCCGGAAAAUCUCUACUGAUCACUAUUCGGAAAGCUAG